UCACCUACGCACAUUUUCAUACGCACCAACCAAUUAGCCACCUUUCUUGCCACACGAAAACAGAGAAAAAAAAAUGGUCUCUGAGCUGAGCCUAUCGAAAAAUGUCUGUGUGAUUGGCGCCGGACCGUCGGGGCUAGUGGCGGCUCGAGAGCUGAGGAAAGAAGGUCAUAAGGUGGUGGUUUUGGAGCAAAAGCAUGAUGUUGGUGGGCAAUGGUUGUAUGAACCAAAUGUAGAGAAAGAAGAUCUUUUAGGGAGGAACAAGUUCUUAGAAGUGCAUAGUAGUAUUUAUGCUUCUCUUAGAUUAAUAUCCCCAAGGGAGAUCAUGGGUUACACAGAUUUCCCAUUUUUGAUGAAGAAGGGUAGAGACACGAGGAGAUUUCCUGGGCAUAGGGAGCUUUGGUUGUACCUUAAAGAUUUUUGUCAUCACUUUGGGUUAAGGGAGAUGAUAAGGUUUAAUACUAGGGUAGAGUAUGUGGGCAUGUUGGAUUAUGGUGAUCAGUUUAAGCAAGAUUUGAAAUGGCUUGUGAAGAGCAGAGCAGAGGAAAACAAUGGAAAUUAUAAGGAGGUGGAAGAGGUGUUUGAUGCAGUGGUUGUCGCUACUGGUCAUUAUUCUCAUCCUCUGACGCCUACCAUUAAAGGAAUGGAUACAUGGAAGAGGAAGCAAAUGCACAGUCAUAUUUACAGAGUUCCAGAGCCAUUUCGCAACGAGGUAGUUGUGGUUGUGGGGAAUUCAUUCAGUGGGCAAGAUAUAUCCAUGGAGCUGGUAAAAGUAGCAAAGGAAGUCCACCUCAGUGCCAAAUCCCUUGAUAUCACACUGGGUUUAUCCAAAGUCAUCUCUAAACGUGAAAAUCUCCAUCUUCGUCCACAGAUAGAAUCCCUUGAACAAGAUGGCAGGGUUGUAUUUGCAGAUGGGUCUCAGGUCACUGCUGACACCAUCUUAUACUGCACAGGGUACACAUACACAUUCCCAUUUCUUGACACUAAAGGAAUGGUAAGUGUGGAAGAUGGUGGUAGAGUGGGACCUCUGUAUGAGCAUACCUUUCCUCCAUCACUUGCUCCCUCUCUGUCUUUUGUAGGCAUACCUAGAAAGAUCAUAGGGUUCCCUUUCUUUGAGUCACAAGCAAAAUGGAUAGCUCAACUGCUAUCUGGGAAAAGAAGACUUCCAUCAUGGGAUGACAUGAUGCUUGCCAUUAAGGAAUUUCAUCAAUCAAGGGAUGCUGCCGGUGUUCCUAAGCAUAAAACCCAUGACAUUGCAGAUUUUGAGUAUUGUGACAGAUAUGCAGAUCAUGUUGGAUUCCCACACUUGGAAGAAUGGAGGAAACAGCUCUGCUUAUCGGCCAUAGUAAAUGCUGAUGCCAACUUGGAGACAUACCGUGAUUCCUUGGAUGACCAUGACCUGCUUCAAGAGGCUUUUCAAAGUACUCAUUUCACUCCACUACUUGGGGUUCCAGAUUUCACUGUUUAGACUUAUUUUCUGUGUUUUGGUUAGACCACUCUUUUCAAUAUCUAUCCAUCCAUGAUUCAUUGUUUAAUGUGGAAGGGAAAAAAACUUGACUGUAAUUUAAAUCCAAAAAAAUAUAUAAAUAUAAUUGAAACCACUUUGUCUCUGAACCUUCUA